AUGCUUCGAACCAUCACUACACUCUCUAGAUUCCACACGUCUUACUCCCUCCCACCCGGAUAUAUCCAGCCCCGGCCUAAUCCACAGGAUGAGAUAGUAAUCUCGAUGUCAUCAGGAGUAGACUCUUCAGUAUCCGCACUAUUAUACUCACAGAAGUACGAACAUGUCCGAGGAAUCUUCAUGGCCAAUUGGUCAUCUUCUGCAGAUGGUCAUGUAGGUUCGGCUUGUAACAGGGAUGAUGGCCAGAAGGGGAAGAAUUCUAGUUGCAGCGUGGAUCAGGACUGGGAUGAAGUACAGGCGACCUGCUCGCAGCUUCGCAUUCCAUGCGAACGGGUCAACUUUGAGAAGGAAUAUUGGACGGAUGUAUUUGAGCCAAUGUUGGAGAUGUAUUCCAAAGGGUUGACCCCAAAUCCCGACGUUGGAUGUAAUAAGUACAUCAAGUUCGGCAAGAUGAUUGAGCAUCUACAGAGUUAUUAUGAGAGAAGACAGCUGCUCUCGUCCAGUAAAUGGUGGCUGGUCACAGGUCAUUAUGCCCGGGUUCUUCAGAAGGAAAGUACAGGGGAAUUUCAACUCUUUAGAGCAGGAUAUAAGCCGAAAGACCAAUCGUACUAUCUUUCUCAGAUACCGGAAUCAGUACUUGGUCGAAUUUUAUUACCUAUGGGUCAUCAUACGAAGCCAGAAGUACGUCGGAUGGCCGGAGAGAAUGGCCUAGUGACUCGAGACAAGCCAGAUUCUCAGGGACUCUGCUUUGUUUCUCCCAGUGUCAAAUUCGACGAUUUUCUAGAUGAAUAUAUAGAGGCCAAUCCCGGAGAUAUCGUCGAUACAAGUGGGAAGAUAUGGGGGAGGCAUCGAGGAUUAUGGCAUGGAACUAUAGGUCAAAGAUCUGGUAUUAGUAUGCCACAAGGAGAUCCAAGAUAUAAGGGAGUCUGGCUAAUUAGUGAUAAAGACAUUGAUAGGAAUAGGAUGAUUAUAUCGAGGAAAGACGAUAGAGAAGCGUUUAUAAAGAGAAGAAUUGAGGUUCAGGACUGGCAUUGGAUGAAUGCAGGUUUGAAGAUUGGGGAAGUGGCCAAGGGGAGGUCACUUAACGCCCAGAUUAGGUCUUUGCAACAGCCCAGUAAAGUCAUCAGAGUUAUACAGAAGCAGCAGAAUCCGGAACAGUUGGUAGUCGAUGUGGAAGAUGGGAUAUUUGGCGUUGCUCCGGGUCAGGACUUGGUACUCUAUGAUGGAGAUAGGGUGUUAGGAUGUGGAAUGAUAAGUGGUCAAGCUCUUGGCUAA